CUUUAUUUCAUCUGGAAGGAGGCUUUGUGGCUGCAGGCAGGGGGCGCCACUGUGCAGCGGUGGUCUGCAACCUGUGGCUCUCCAGCUGUUGUGAAACUACAUGUCCCAGCAUGCCAUGAAACCUUCAUAAUGCAAUGAUAUGCUGGACACACCGACCGUAGGGACAAUAUGGAACCCUGCUCCUGUGACACCUUCGUUGCUCUUCCACCUGCAACAGUUGGCAACAGAAUCAUCUUUGGAAAAAAUUCUGACAGGCCGAGUGAUGAAGUACAGGAGAUUGUGUAUUUCCCCGGACAGUCACAUGAACCAGGAGAGACACUACAGUGCACCUACAUUGAAAUUGAACAAGCAGAGAAGACCCACGCGGUGGUUUUAAGUCGCCCAUCCUGGUUAUGGGGCGCUGAAAUGGGAGCGAAUGAAUUUGGUGUGUGUAUUGGAAAUGAAGCUGUUUGGGGGAAAGAAGAAAUUGAUGAUAAGGAGGCACUUCUGGGCAUGGAUUUCGUCAGGCUAGGUUUGGAGAGAGCAGACACCGCUCAUGGAGCAUUGGACGUGAUCAUUGGCUUGUUAGAAAAAUAUGGUCAAGGUGGUAACUGCAUGGAGAGUCCGAUGUCCUUCACUUAUCACAACAGCUUCCUGAUAGCGGACAGGAAGGAGGCAUGGAUACUGGAAACGGCGGGCCAGUACUGGGCGGCGGAGAAAGUAGACGAAGGUAUAAAGAAUAUAUCCAACAACUUGUCCAUCACCAGCAAAAUUGAUCGCGAGCACCCUGCUAUGAGGGAAUAUGCUAGAACUAAAGGCUGGUGGGACGGAAGAAAAGACUUUAACUUUGCAGCUGUGUAUUCCUAUUUCAACCCAUCCAGAUCUUCAUCUUCUGGGGAUAGAUUUUGUGAAGGAUACAAACUGCUCAGGAAAUACAAAGGAAACAUGACAGCUGAAACCAUGAUGGAAAUUCUAUCAGACAAGCCAAGCGGCAUUAACAUGGAGGGUGGAUUUAUGACAACUGGGAGCAUGGUUUCAAUUCUGCCACAAGAUCCAAGCCAGCCAUGCUGUCACUUUUUCACCGGAACCCCAGACCCGGCCAGAUCAGUUUUCAAGCCGUUCAUCUUUGUGCCUGAGAUUGAACCGUUUGUAAGAACCGCUUCACCCUCAUUUGGCGCUGAUGAUCCCGUCAGACUGAAGCCAAGAUUCCAAACGAAGCCCGACAGGAGACAUGAACUACAUAAGAAACAUGAAGACGCCAUCAUGUCCAAGAAGACAUCACAGAAAGAUUUGCUGAAGAAGAUGAAGAAUUUUGAAAAGAAGAAACUUGAGGAGGUAGAAAGUUUUUUAAAAGAUGGCACUAUUGACAGCUCAGGGCUGACCCUGCUGUUUGCCAACUGCGUUGAUGAAGAAAUGACCCUUUAUGAGUAAAUAUAAUGGCACUUGCACCAAUUUCCACCUUCCAGUUUUCGAGCGGCUAUCAAUAUUCUUUUAGCAAUGCCCGUGCUUUGUAAUCCAAUUUCAUCAGCCAUUAAAGGCUAUUAUUGCAAAG